AUGUGUAGUACAUUAACAACUUGGCCAUAUUUCAUUCUAGAGACGCAUUUGUAGAUACUAAGGAGAAACAGUGAGUUUGAUUUUUGAUCACGAAGACCUGCCGGGAACAAAGUUGACUAAGGAUUUCAUAGGCGCCACCUAAUGCGGCUCUGGCUUCGCGACCCUGAAAAUGACUGGCCGACACCAAGCUUACUGCAACACCGUUGGGACAAGUUAUAUAAGCAUCUAAAUCCCGAAAAAUCGGUCCUUCCCCUUGAGCCCUUUAUUCGUAGCGCAGGAAAUAAAAGCCCUUAG